AGUUACUCGACGCUCAGACGGCUACACAAUCGGCUCAUGCAGUAGUGUGAGACUAUUAAAUUUGACGAAUGCUGAAGUACACUACACUCUGGAAUCCACUGCACCCGAAUUAUAUUAUUUCAACCCACGCUAUGCUUGUGUCGAAGCAGAGCAAGAAUCGAGUGUUGAUGUGUAUUUGUUGCCCUUCGACUUUUACCAUCCACCAAACCACAAAAAUGAGAUAAUCGUUCGAAGCAUGAUAGCGGAGAGCGCGGAACAAGAGGAUUUACGUCAAGUGUGGGAACAUGCGAAUGAGGCCAAUAUUAUAAAGCACAAAAUAAAGUGCAUCCCCUGGGUGCAUGGGGAACUGGCUGUAGACCCUAGCCACGAUCUCUUGUUUGAAGGUCCAUUCGAUCUUCCUUUUUCCUCCAAAAUUUGCCUAGCUAACCUUUCAGAAUAUAGGGUACACUUCGAUGCACGAUCCUCAUCAACUUGUUUGUCCGUCUUUCCAUGCGAUGGCACAAUAAAUCCAUGCGAAACGAAGGAUUUGAUUGUCAUUCGAAAGCCAUUUAAGUCAACCGAUACGGCUAAGAACACUGACACAAUCAUAAUACGGGAAGCCAUGUGUCCUGACGGGUACAAGGUGCUGCAUUUCCAGAAAACGACUACGAUCAAAUGUGUUUACAACACUUUAUAUACAACGUCGUUCGACAACAAUGCUGUUCUUCGCCGUUUCUUGAAUAUGAGCUUGGACAUGCUGCGUGCAUUCCAUGAAUUUAUCGGAACUCGUUUUGUAACUUGAAGAAUAUUUGUCCACGUCGAAAAACUGGCCUUCACACUGGACUUCAACAUGAUGCAGAUUCGGGACCGUUUAUUUGAAUGUUACAGGUACUCAAAAUGUCACUUAAUCCAGUCGCAACGGUUUGCUUUUCUACUGAUUUUUUAUAAAAACCAAGGAAUAUAUUGUAAAAGACUGAAAAUCUACCAAAUAAAGCA